CCGAGUAUUGAUGCGUUAACAGCAACCCUAGUAUCUUACAACAUCAACCAGUUUGACUCUUUUGUGUAACGUUGUCCAUUGUCAUCUCAUCAUGGAGUGGCGGGGUCAAAGGAAAAAGGGGGCAUUCCGAGAAUUGAACUCGGGACCUCUCGCACCCUAAGCGAGAAUCAUACCACUAGACCAAAUGCCCGUUGUUAUGGGAUUUCUUUUACUUUUUCUUUUCACUGUAUAGCUGAAAAAGGAAAACACAACAGGACAUCAAGAAUAUUUUGUCUGCUACUUUUCAACACUAACAGUACUGUCUACAACAUGAACCCAGAUAAAUUGAGGUGAAAAAAUGGGCUCUCUUGGAGACAACAAUGGCGAAAUUAAACCCUCUGAAAUGAAACCAAGCAUCGAUUUUCACAUGCCGAGACUCAGCCCUUUGACUUUGACUCUCAGUUUCCCAGUCGUCCACUUUCUGGUGACAAAGCUGAUAUUGAUAAUGGUGAUGAAUUGAGCCAUCUACAAAGUACGGUUUCUUUCGAUGAUAGCAAUGUUCCAGUCGAGGACGGAUUCGAGACCCAAGUUUUGAACCUUGUUGGGGAAACACAAGUGUUGAACUUUGGCGGCGAGACACAGGUGUUGGAUGAUUUAGAUUGCUUUGAGAAUAUGGAUACGCAGUUGUUGGACGAAUUUGAUGAAGAAGUUGCUCUGGAUGGUGAUGGUGAUGGUGACGGUGAAGGAACGGAAGCAACUGAGGUUUUGGAUGAUGGUGAUGAGGUCUCCAAUGAUGAGGUAGUAAGAGGAGAUUGUGGUCAAUCAUUGGGCCAGGAGGAAAAGAGGGAAUCUUUGGAGCAAUGUAAUGCCUCUACUGAUGAACAGAAGAGUUCGAGAUUCAAUGUUUCUACAGCAACACCUGAUGUCAAAGCUGUGCUGGAACCGAAAUCCGGAUCUGUGCUAAGGUUUACUUCAGUUCGUGCAGCAUCCUUGCGGGCCUAUGGUCUUGCAGCUCAUAAUGCAGCAUUACAGGCAAUGAACGGUGAGUCUUGUUCUACCCAGACUGAUAGUCAGUUUUCAGACAAGUGCACGGCUGAUAGUAAUGGUUUAAAUCCUAAAGUCAUGGAGAAGAUUAACCAGGCACAUGAUCAGGGGAAGUAUGAUAAGAGCUCAAUUGGGUUAAGGUGUGUAAUCAAUUCCAGUGUUGGUUGUUCAACUGUGAGAAAACUUUUUGCUGAGGAUUAUUUUGCUGAAAAUCAAGGGCUUUCUUGCAGCAAUGAAAGUGCAGAUGCAAGAGAAGACUUGCUUCAGUUUCCUGAUUGUGAUGGUCCAAUAGCAGGUUUAAGUUAUAUUGACUCUCAAGAACCUGGGGAGUUAUCACAAGCUAAUGCACUUAAUUUUGUGGAAAGGUUUGUAAAUGAUAAUUUGAUGGAACUUGAUGAUGAAGUUGAUCUUGCAAAGAGUACUGAGGGUAAAUCAAAACUUAUUUCUGGUACAAAAGGGCCACAGAGUUUGGUGAAGAAAACAAAUGAAAGAAGCACAGGUGGUAAAACAGGGAUUUUUGACUGGGAUGAUUUUCUGGAGGAUGAAGGAGGAGGUAAUUUUUAUCGUAGAAGGAAGGAAGAAUUCUAUGGUAAUGGAAGCAAUGCACGGAAGUCUCAUACCCACCCCCAGAAGCCUAAAGGAAGGAAACUAGAUGAAUCUUGUAAGGAAGACCAACCAAAUGCCCAUGAGAAAAUGAUGGUUCAUUCUGAUUCAAAGUUAUUGUUGGGCAAGUCUAAAGAUAAUGACAAGCCAGUGCGAGAACGUCAAAUGAAUUUUAGAAAGAAUCUUUUCAAUGAGUUUGAUGAACAGUUUAAUUCAGAUUCCUCAAGUGGACAAUUGGUAGCUGCCGCUGCAAAGAUAGGCGCUUCUGAGGUACUAAAUAUAGGUUUUGACACUCAGAUGGCUGCUGAAGCUAUGGAAGCGUUAUUCUAUGGGGAGGGGCCUACCGACGAAAAUGCUAAUCAAGGUGUCCAAAGCAUAUCUAAGGAUUCCUUUAAAGGUUCAUUUAAAGGAAAAUCUAGGAAGAGAGCUUCUUCUAGAGAACCCACAUUGGGAAAGGGUGUAUGUUGUUCUGAUGCUGCUCCAGUUGUGAGAUCUAAGAGUACUAAGUCAAGAAAAGGGUCUUCUGUUCUGCAGGAGAAACAUUCAAAGGAUGCCAGGAAAGAGUGUGAUACAGAGCUGCUUCUGCCAAAAAUGAAGAAAGCUAAAUCUAACGCUGAUGAGCACCAGAUUUCUGGUGGCAUUGAUAUGUACAAGACACCCUCUAAAAGUAUCAAGCAAAGAAAGGUAGGUGGAGCUUUGGAAAGUAGACAACUUCAUGGAACUAGAAGAUCAAGCAGGGGCAGCUCAAUUAAGAAACGGAAUCCUGAGGAGGUUCAUACUUUUAAACCCAUUGCUUGUCGAACAAGGCAGUCCUUGGUCCUGAAUAUGCAAAUGGCUAAGACCCCAGCAAGUGAUUGUAGAAGAGGUAGAAAACAUAAAAAAGAGGUUGGUUUGGUUCAAGAAAAUAGAACUGGGAGUACAGAUGUUAAGUUAUCUGAAGUGUCAAAUGCUAAAGGGAAACUUUCUAAGUUGGGUUCCAAUCAAUCUGGAGAACAUGGAAAUGUCAAAUCAAGUAAUAAUGACCAAUUGCAUUUGGAGUUGAUUGUCAGAAGUAAUGGCAAUAUUGCAUUGAGCUAUCCCAAACAAAGAAGAUCCCGCCAGAAAAUGUCUGUUGAUGUUGGUGAAUCUGAUAACUUGGAAGCACAGUCCAAAAUAUCAGUUCAGCCAGAAGACAAUGGACAAUCCAUUGCCGUGUUCAAAAGGUCCAGAAGAAACAAUAGAAGCACUUGCAUUCAUUCAUCCACUAGGAGGAUAACACGAUCAUCUGUGAACACUUGUCCAGUUUCGUAUUUUGCAGACCAGAAUUCAGAAGGAAAAUUGUCUCAUCAAAGUUCAGAUAAACAAGGUUCAGGGGAUGAUGCACUUAAUUGCAAUUCUACUGAGAUGAAUGGGAAGAUGAUAUCUACAAGCAUAAUUGGGCCUGAGGCAGCAAAGGCAGCCAAGCAUUCUGAUGGAAACCAUGAUGCAGUUUCUUCACCAAAUGCAGAAAGUGUAGCUGUGAAUGUUGCUUCUGAUAGAUCACCAAAAGAGAAAUCGAAAUCACCUGGUUCUGUAUGCACUACACCAGUUAUCUGUCCGACGCCUGUCAAUGCUGCGUCACCUGUUUGUAUGGGUGAAGAAUAUUUUAAACAAUCAUGCAAGAAGAACCUGUCAAAAUCUUCAAUUAUCAAAGAACUUAGAAAUUUAAGCCCCACUGAGCCAGAACCUAUUUCUCCUCUAAAAGAUACGAGGAAGAGAAGGGAUUUGGCCAAUGUUAGAGUUUUAUUCAGCAACCACCUAGAUGAGGAUAUAAUUAAACAGCAGAAAAAGAUCUUGGCCCGCCUAUGUAUCUCUGAGGCACCAUCUAUUUUAGAUGCAACACACUUUGUAACUGAUAAAUUUGUGCGCACAAGGAAUAUGUUGGAAGCAAUUGCUUCUGGCAAACCAGUUGUCACACAUUUAUGGCUUGAAAGCAUUGGACAGGUUAAUAUUCACAUUGAUGAAGAAGCUUAUGUAUUGAGGGACAUCAAAAAAGAGAAAGAGCUUGGCUUUUGCAUGCCAGUUUCUUUAGCACGUGCAUGCAAGCGACCCUUAUUACAGGGUCGAAGAGUUCUGAUUACCCCAAAUACGAAGCCGGGUAAAGAAACAAUCUCGCGUUUGGUUACAGCUGUUCAUGGUCAGGCUAUAGAAAGAAUUGGCAGAUCUGCCAUGAAGGAUGACAAAGUCUCAGAUGAUUUGUUGGUUCUAUCAUGUGAAGAAGAUUAUGCAAUUUGUGUUCCUUUUCUUGAAAAAGGGGUAGCAGUUUACAGCUCAGAACUGCUACUGAAUGGAAUAGUUACUCAGAAACUUGAUUAUGAGAGGCAUCGACUCUUUGCAGAUCAUGUUAGGAGAACACGCUCUACCCUAUGGCUGAGGAAGGAUAACAAAUUCCUUCCUGUUGUGACAAAGCAUAAAUGAAGUAUUCUGCUUUCUUUCAUCUUUCUCUAAAUUUUAAUCAUCCUGGCAUAUCGUCUUCUUUGUUUGGUAUAGAAUUUUAGAAGACAAUGCUGUACAUAUUGUAGAAUUAGUUUAGCUGUAUAGUAAAAUGCCUAGAUGCUUGUUUGUGAAUAUUAGUAUAAAUUUGAUGUAACUUUUUUCUUGAUGAAAAUUCUCUGCUGAUCCAUGUACUCAAUCAUUCAAUCAUCAAGGCAUAAGAUAGAAAUU